AUGGUGGAAGCAGAUGUUCUUCUUCGAGGUGUUGAGGGAGGAAAGGGUGACCCUAUCAUGGCUCAUCCGCCUGAAACAGACAGUGACAACACGUUGCAGGAAUGGCUGAAAGAGAUUGUGAAGACAAACAAGGGCAUCAAACUGGAUUUUAAGAGCUUAGAUGCAAUUUAGCAAAGUUUGAAAAGUCUCAGCACUGUGCGUUUGCGGCGCUCAGUCUGGGCAGUGCAGCUCACGAGCCGGGUGUUGUUGGCGCAGCCUGGAAGCCGUGCGGCCGUCGCUGUCACUUCCUUCUUUCCAGACGUAACCCUGUCACUGGGGUGGUCAACUGGCUGGCACCCUGGAAAAUACAACAAAGGCUAUGACUGGAUGAUGGUGAAAGAAAUGGCUCAGAUAUGCAGUACUCUUUCUCAGCCUGUGACUUUCCCUGUAAGAGCAGCGUUAGUGCGACAGUCUCUGUCUGAGCUGUGCUGGUUAUUGCAGCAAUCAGAUAGAUAUAGCCUCACUGUUUGGACAGGGAAGCAAGACGAGUAUUCUGUAGAAGAUUUGCUGCAUAUACGAGAGCACGUUGAUAAAAGUAGAGUCUAUUAUGAUAUCUUAGAACCACAAAACUCUGAAUUCAAAAAAGCCAUAGGAAUAGAAUAUUAAACAUGAUGCUGGCAAAC